AUGUUCUAUAAUGCUCUACUCGCGAUUUUGCUUGUUUUGCCGGUGGCCCACGCGGGCGGCUGGGACGACUUCUCGAACAACCUCGCGACUGAUCUCGCGCCAUUCUUGUCACUAUUCGGUGAGCAGAUCACGAAACAAUACCUGAGUGAAUGCACCACCAUGGUCGACUACUUCAUUUUCGCGAUGGCGCCAAUGGGAAUUCUCACGGGCCUCGUCUCUGCAAUCCGUGUUUGCGGUACCCCGUCGCUACGCGCAUUCAUCGGCAGAGCUCAAGAGGGAGCUGGAAAUGCCGAAGCUGAGCUCUGUACGUCGACUAGCCGUGAUGUCUGUGAGCUAUACAACAGUGGAGGAAUCGCGCGCGUUUUUGGUCGCCCGAAGAUCCUCGAGGUGUUGCAUGACCCUGCGUAUGAUUUCGAAAAUGCACAGGAUCAGACCGCGGGGAUAUAUACAUUCCAGGAGUAUAUUGCGCGUGAGGGCGAUAAAGUGUGGGAACGGAAGACCAAAACAGCGGAUGAAAAGUACAUGCGAAGAUUCGGGCUGAAAGAUGUGGAAAGAAAACCGACGGCAAUUCUUCCGCCUCCUCCUGCAACAUUCGCCCCUAAUCUAUCUCUCAAUAUUGGUAUCAAGAAGCCCCACAAAGCCUGGUUUUUUGCAAUAGCUGCGACUGGAUUUCUGCUGCAAGUUGGUGUCUUAGUGUUUGCAGGUGUUGCAACCUACCUGCUGAAAUGGGGGAACGAUGACAGCCCCCCCGAGUCGUAUGCAUGCCCGCUGGUUAUUAGCGGCACGGUCCUUGUUUGCGGGGGGAUGUUCCACUGUGCUUUUCUUAUCGGACAAAGCACCAAAGAAGAUAUCUGGAUCCGGAAGGAGAGAGGGAAGAAUCAAGCCGACUGA